AUGUCUCACGACCACCGAAAAUUGGAUGCCAAAAGUAUUUGCAACUGCAUCAUGCCACUGGUGAAAGAUAGCCCAAUCAUUCCUUUGUCGACAUUGAUUGCAAACAUGCAAUCUCGAUUUCAGUACAGAGUGUCAUACAGGAAAGCGUGGUGGGCGAAACAAAUGGCCAUGCAACAAUUGUACGGCGACUGGGAGGAGUCAUACAAUGAACUUCAGAGUUGGAUUUCAGCAAUGGUAGAGUAUGUCCCAGGAACUGUCGUGGACUUGCAAACAUUACCUUAUAGAGGCCCUAAUGGAGAAUUGGAACUUGGAAAAAGAGUGUUUCGUCGACUGUUCUGGACUUUCGAUCCAUUUGUUAGGGCCUUCUCCCACUGGAAACCGGUAGUGCAAGUUGAUGGAACAUGGCUUUAUGGAAAAUACACGCAGAUACUUCUGAUUGCGGUUGCACAAGACGGUAAUGGAAAUGUACUACCAAUUGCUUUUGCCAUCGUAGAAUCGGAGAACUCUGAAUCAUGGGCAUAUUUCAUUCGAAACUUACGGAGACAUGUUGUCAGGCAAGACAACAUUUGCAUUAUAUCUGACAGAUCGAAGGGUCUUAUUGCUGCAAUUCGACAAUCGGAGGUUCCGUGGAGGUUAGCAACCUUAAUGCCAAAAAUGGGGUUGAAACAAGCAAAACAGUUAGAGGCAGGACACGUGUACGUCGAAAAAAUCAGAGAUGCCAUGAAAGAUAAAACUCAAAGGGCUAGGUUGAUGAAUGUAGAACUAUAUUCUCGAAAUUUGGAAACUUUUCGAGUGACAGAGUAUAUCAGUCGUCGGUCAGGGAUCCCGCCACGGUCCUAUGGAGUUGAUCUCCGAAACAGGCGGUGUGAGUGCGGGAUGUUCCAAGCACUAUGGUACCCGUGUGCGCAUGUGGUUGCAGCUUGUGCUACCUAUAGUUUGAAUGUCAAACAAUAUAUCAAUGAUGUAUACACACUUGAACGUACGUUGCAUAUUUGGGGUAACGAGUUCCCUGUAUUAAGGGAUAUAUCGACAUGGGAAGUGCAAUCGCCUGCAUUCGAGAUGUUGCCUGAUCAGUCACUACGUAGGAGAGUCAAAGGUAGACCGACAAUAACGAGGAUUCGAAACGACAUGGAUGUAAAAGAACAAGUCGAUCCAAAGCUUUGCACCAUAUGUAGAACAGUUGGCCACAAUCGGAGCAAAUGUCCCCAUGGAAACGUCUACACUGGCCAAUCUUCACGGUCUGAAAGAAAUUAA